AUGGCCAGGCUCCGCCCCGGCCUGCUGCUCCUGAUGGCCACGGUGGCCCUCGCGUCCAGAGGUGUCCAGGCCUGGGGUUCAUCGAAGGUGGUGAGGAAAUUCCAAGACGUCUCCGAAUCCUACGUAUACGUGGAGCAGGCACUGUGGUUCGCCAUGAAGGAGUACAACGAGGCCAGCAAGGACGAGUACACCUUCAAGGUGUUGCAGAUUCUGAAGUCCCAGGAGCAGGUCACAGAUAGUUUGGAUUACCUUCUUGAAGUCAAAAUUGCCCGGACAAUGUGCAAGAAAGCUUCAGGGGGAAAUGAAAACUGCUUAGUACAACGGGAUCCCAAAAUGCAGAAGAUGUUUCAUUGCACCUUUAUUGUGGCAUCCAAACCCUGGAACUUUGAACUCAAUAUGCUGAAGAAAGAAUGUCAGCCUGUCUAAUGGUCUUCUAGCACAUUCUGCCGCUCUCAUGAGCAUUUAAAGAAGCAAAGACACUCCCAAAACAUUUAAAUAACACAUCUGACCUAUCGACUUCAUUUUGUAGCCUUCUUGCUUUUUUGUGCAUUCUUCAGGCG